CGCGGAACAUCCUGCAAACACAUCUCAGAGACUCCGAAAAAAAUCUCUGUACAGUUUCCCCUCACACAUCGCCUCCGUGUUCCCACCGGGAUGGCUCGUUGUUUGACCACCGGAGAAGUCCCGACACUUUAGAUAAAGUCGUGUAUUUGUGUGCAGUUGACUCUGCAGGCUCGAUGUCCCUGUCGGACUUUAUGUGUUUAUGUUUGCACGCGCGGCGGUGGGACAUCCGGAAUGGGGGAUCCGUAGGAGGAGACGACGCUCGCUGGUGUGCUGUUAGCAAAUAGAGCGCACCAACGCGCGCGCAAAAAAGCCCUUACGCACGAGAUGGACUUUAAGAGGACAAAAUUUGGAAGGUUCAUGAACUGCAGGGUCCCAGCCAGUAAGAGAUACCAGCCCACUGAAUAUGAACAUGCUGCAAACUGUGCCACACAUGGGGUAUGGAUCCUCCCCAGUCUGGUGGGUGGGUCUGUGCUCUACUUCCUGUCUGUGGACCAAUGGCAUAGUGUGGCUGCCUGGCUCUAUGGGAGCGGUCUCACCGGCCUGUUCGUCACCUCAACACUCUUCCACACCGCUGCCUGGAAAAUCAGCCACCUCCGGAAGGUGGAGCAGCGUUUCCACAUGUGUGACAGAAUGGCCAUCUACUUCUUCAUAGCUGCCUCCUACUCUCCCUGGUUGAUGCUGAGGGAUCUGGGGCCCUGGGCGUGCCACAUGCGCUGGCUGAUAUGGCUCAUGGCUUGCGUAGGAUCCGUGUAUGUCUUCUUUUUCCACGAGAGGUACAAGCUGGUAGAGUUGUUUGGAUAUGUGGCCAUGGGGGUUGUUCCGGCUUUGGUCAUCCUGUCUAUGGUAGAGCGUGCAGGUGUGUGUGAACUGGCAGUGGGAGGUGUCUUCUAUGUGGUGGGCGUGGUCUUCUUUAAGAGCGAUGGCCUCAUCCCUUUCGCCCACGCCAUCUGGCAUGUUUUCGUGGCAGCAGGAGCAUGCAUUCAUUAUUACGCCAUCUGGAGGUACCUGUACUUACCUGGGCCGCUGCUGCAGACGUCGAGGUGACUAGUCUCUUCUAGUCAUUAGGCCAUUUUGUUUUGACUACAAUUAACCUGACUCAUGAGGCUGAACCUGGAAUGACAGUGCUGAGAUGAUCUGAUCGCACUGACUGCUGCAGAUCAGAUGACAUUCUCCACAGUCGGGGCCAAAACCCCUGGGGGAAUCUUACUGUUAAUCUAAAAGGCAUUUUUUAACAUGCUAAUUAUAUAACAGACUGAUCAGUGAACAUUCAUACUGACUUAACCAAACGUACACAGAGAUACGACUUUCAUUCUGCUGUCCAGGACAUUUUUAUCAUCAGAAAGAUAAGAAAUAGCCCUGGGUAUGAAUCUUCAUUUGUGUUCAUCACCUGCUGGGAGAUGUUUGUGCAAAUAGGGAAACAUAUAAUAUCAUAUAACGUGCCAGCAAGCUUAGAUGACCAAUGUUCAGUGAAAGGAGUAGUUUGACAAUUUGCUAAUGCGCUUAAUUCCCUUUCUUACUGGGAGUUAGAUGAGGAGAUUGAUACCACUCUCAUAUCUGUACUAAAUACAUAGUCAGCAACUCUCUGCAAGAAUAAGCAUAUAAAAUGUAUUUCUUUAAUCACACAUCUUCAUAAGAGAACUGACGACAUACACUCUGUGACCAUAGGUUAUGUGCCAAAACUUUCCACAGAGGCAUUCCUCUAUAAUGGUGCUGCUAACCCCUACUUUACUUUAUUUUGGUUUUGUCCAUUUUGCACAGUGGCAAAAUAUGAAAAUAUAGAGUUGGCACUACAAGCAACACACACCGGUUUCAUAAACAAACGUUUUAGGUUGACUUACAAGCAACCUGCAGACUGACUUAAAGUCACCAUAUAUUGGCUGAUAAGAAUUCACAUUGACUCUGAUGACCCUCUCUUAUUCCAGAUAAUCAGUCGACUGUUGAGGAUAACGGGCCUCAGUAGCCCGAUUGUGAUUCUGUUUUGAUUUACGUUAGUCUUAAAUCUGCCUCAAAAUUCUCAUACUUUUGUGUUAUGUUAUUUGAAAGAUUAAAAGUCUAAUCUAGAGUUAAUGUUACACUGUAUUAAAUGUUAAAUUAACAAAGAAUGUUGCGGCUGUAGCCAUUGAUUAUCUUGUUUAGAGGAAGAUGAUUGCAAGUUGUUUUAAGUGGUGCACCCUUAUCCUUAAGGCACUUUUGUAUCAGCAACAAUGUUGAAUGAAGUAGAAUUUCCUCAAAUCCUGAGAAUACACAUGGGCAUGUUAUCCACCAUUUUUACUUUCACCGUUUGAAUUUUUAUACUUCUUUAAGCGCUGUAUGGAUCACACUUGCCGUUUUUUUCCCCUGACCUCUAGUAGUUCAACUGUUUGUUUUACAGAGCAAUUACUCAGGAAUUGAGCAUUUAUUUAAUUAAAAAAAAAAAAAAAAAAAAUCAGAUGA